GAGACCAAGAUACACCAGAUUAAGUUUGUGCGAAUUGCUUGCGUCGAAGAAUUUGAAAAAAUAAAACAGCAAAAGAUCAAGUUGAUAUUAAAGUUAGUCUUGAAUUCAUAGAAAUUAUAAACUCGGUUAAAUAAUCGAUCCAAUUGGGAGUCAAACGAAAAAAGAAGAAUAUGAAAACAAAGUAAACUGCGUCAUAUGGGACACUGAGUGAAAAUUUAAUUUCAAGUCAAUGUUUCCAGUUUUAAAUGAGUGGAGCCCAAAUCAAAAGUCGAAAAAUUGAAUUAUUCACAUUCUUUAAAAAUUUGAAGCUAAUAAGCAGAAGGUCACAGAUUGACUAUAUAAAGUGCAUUCAGAAGCAAAAACGGUAAAUUUUUCUUAGAGAAUUUUUAAAGCUAAUUCAAAGCAAUGAAGAAAACGUAAUAUGGAAAAUAAUUCUGCUUUAUAUUAUCUGUGACUUUGUGCUUUCGAAAUAAGUCAACAUCAGCUUUGGGUUCGCAUCGGACAAACAUCUAAAUCAAAGUUGAACCUGCAUGUAGCCGAGUUUUGCAGAUUUAAGAAUUGUAGUAACAGGAAAUUUGAUGUUUAAUCUCUGGUUGAAAACCACAGACGAGUUUGGUAUGAAUUCGACUGAAAAAUAACAAAAUAUUGCAUAUAUACAUAUAUACAUAUAGUAUUUGUGUAUUUGCGACAAAGGCUAUCUCGCAAUCUCAGAUUCACAGACAUACAAUUAGGCGAUAAGAACUCAGUGUCGUUGGAGCAAAAGCAUAAGCAGUCAAACAAAACAAAACAAAAACAAAAAAAAAAAAAAAAAACAUUGCAGGAGGUGUUAAUUUCUAUUUUACGUCGUAUUUUUUAUUGUGUGUUUAUACGUCGCUUUGUGUGCAUCAACUCAAGGGAGGUGCAAGAAAAAACAAUCACUUAUCAGCAUGCAGAUAUAGAUACCACAAGCUAUCACAAAGUUCACUAGCACACAUAACGAUAUAAGUGCAUUCAUAUAUGUAUAUAUGUAUGUAUGUACAUAUGUACAUAUGUUAAAUGCUAAAAUAUAUAUGUAAAAAAGCAUCGACAAUAACAAUAACACUCGGAGAAAUAAUCGACCAAAGAGAGCUGGAGCAUUGUUGUGCAAACGCAAAUAAGUAAAAUAAACUGUAGAGCACGAAAAAUCAGACAAAAUAAGGCGCAACGUUUCACUGAUACCGCUGACUUGUUGUUGAGCUGUAGAGCCGCGAGCUGGUUGAACCAAAUGGUCGCGCGAGUCUAGCUGACUCUAAAAAAAUAUACACUAAGCUAAAGUGAAUGUUGUUGAAUAGUUGCGAUUGUCUGGCUCCGUUUUUUUUUUGCUCUAAUUGUUGCAAGUGUUUUUGAGAAUUGAGUACUAAUCAUACAUUAGUGGCACUGGAGGUGGUGUAGUGGAGCAUCUAAAAGGGGUUUUGUUUGCAAUUUCGCUAAAAAGCAAGCGAAGCGAAAAGUCUGUUUUUCGUAUUUCUUUUAUGGUAACAGUCGCGGUCAUUGACGCCUAACGAGACCAACGCAGAAUCAUCAUUCAGCUGUUAUACUAAUAAUUAAACAUUUUCAAGCCACUGAUCUACGAACUCUUCUAUAUUUUGCGUCAUUUAACAACAUAACAAGGGCGUCAAAGCAAAUAAAACAACAUGGUGAAGACAUUUCAAGCAUAUUUGCCGUCCACAAAUCGAACGUACUCAUGUGUUCAUUGCCGUGCGCAUUUGGCAUCGCACGAUGAGCUUAUAUCCAAAUCCUUUCAAGGUAGUCAAGGGCCGGCUUAUCUCUUCAAUUCGGUGGUGAAUGUCGGUUGUGGUCAAACCGAGGAGCGUGUGCUACUCACUGGCCUACAUGCGGUUGCAGAUAUAUUCUGUGAUUGCUGCAAAACACCAUUAGGCUGGAAGUAUGAGCAUGCUUAUGAGAAUAGUCAAAAAUACAAGGAAGGCAAGUACAUAAUCGAAUUAGCCCAUAUGAUUAAGGAAAACGGUUGGGACUGAACGAAUGUUGUAGAAUUAUGCAACGGUGCAGAUGGCGUAUGAUGAAACGUAGCAUGGGGAAGUCGGAAGGCGAAAGCAGUGCGUUCUAAUGCAGAGGACAAUGUGGAUUUUAUACAAGAUGGUAGUAGUGAUGCUGCAGUUGAAAUUGAUGGACGAAAUUGAUGUAGUAAGGAUGUGAACGAUGUAGUGGUGAUGCUAGUGUUGGUUUGGAAAAUAUUUAAGAUGAAUUUUCUAUGUACACAGUUAAAAUUAUCAUUAACGAAAAUAACUUAACAGAGUUAAAGGAAAGUGAAAUGCCUAAAAUACAUUUAAAUUUAUACUUUAAAUUUAAGUCUAUAAUUAUCACCGCCUUCAA